AUGUUGACGUUUAAGCUCGGCAACCACGUGCUUAUCUCCAACAAUAGUCUGAAGCCCAAUUCGGCCGUCAGGCAGUUGUUUCCUUGUGCGAAGACUUUGGGGAUGACAGAAGCGGGAGAAGAAGAAAAUUCACAGCAGGUAAUAUUAUUGACCUAUCACAGAUUAAAUUUACAUCUAACAAACGCUCGAGCGGCGAAACGGACGAGACGAUCAAAAAGGGCCAUCGAGAGGAACACGCUUCGCCGAUCUCUUAUCCGCUACGAGCCCAGGAGCAAGAAGCAACCGUACAAGACUGACAAUUCUUUGGUGGAGAGGAUCAAGCAGUUGACUUGUAAUGUGGACGACAAUACGCCAAAAGAUGAUUCUAACCAAGAGCAACCUUCAGAUGUAUCCUAUGAACCUUCACAAGAUGUUUUAGACAGUAGAUCAAGUCCACCAGGAGAAGAAUCAAGAAAUUCACCGGAUGUCAAUACGUUAUCAGCAAACAAAACCCAUGACAAGAGUUUUUCUCCAUCAUCAUCAUCAACAGCAUCUUCUAAUUCCAGUUCUAUGUCGAUGAAUUCAAAUUACCAUCAGAUGAGAAAGACAAAUACAGGAGAACCAACUCUAAUUAUUAAUCUAAACCGUGUUGAUAAUGUGCCUGAUAUACAGAAUAAUUUUAGAAGAGAUGCAAAACCCCUGCCUGAUAUUG